AUGGACGACGACGACGACGCAUGGUCCUACAAGUUUCCUUCCUCAUCUGAUCUGCUACCUACACGUGCCAGAUCGCAAUCCACGUUGCGGGCCCCUCUCAAGGAUCCCAACAUGAUAGUCAUGCCUGCUGAUUCAGACUCAGAUUUGAGCUUGAGCGAUAGCAACCUCUCGAAUGGAGAUGACGAAAAUGCUCGCAUCGAAGUUGAAGAUGCAGAUCAAUCAGCCACGAGUGAGAACGUCUUAAGCUCGACAGAUGCAGCUGAACAGGCCAAAGUAUCCACUGAAUCUUUACUUUCUAAGAAAUUGGCCCUGGUGGUGGUGGCUCCACCAGCACGGAAUAGCCUGACCCCGCUCUAUGCGCCUGCUCCAGGCCUGCUACAGCCAGCGUUCAUGCUGAAGUCUGGCCCUGCCAACCCACAGACCACUAAAGAGGAGGCCAAUUCCAUUAUUCUGAAGGAAACCAAUACGAACGCUUUGGCCAUCAACACGACGGGAAUUUCAGACACGAGCGGCAUGUCACCUCCGCUAACACCAACUACCAAACACGAUUUUAGUAAUUCCGUACGGAUCUGGCAGCAGCAGCAACAACAGUCUGCAGAGUUGGAAGAUAAGCAAGACGAGAGUCUCGAACUGGUAUCGGAGGAGGCAUCGUUUUUCCGUAAGACUUUCGGCAACUUGGCAUCGUCGCCUAUUUUCAAUCCAUCAUCCAGUGCACAGUUGGACUCACGGGUAGAUCCUCCCGACAACGUUGCUUCGCCCAAAAUCAUCACAUACAGAAAAACCAGCCACCAACGAACAGAGAGCGAAAACUACGAUAACGGGCUCCGUCAGGAACGCUUUGAUCCCAAGCUCUACGUCAAUGAAAAGUACGGCGACACCAUCUACCGAUAUGCUACCAUGAAACGGAAUGUGGACUUCCAUCAGCUUUUCCGCAGCCUUGAUUUGACAGACAGACUUCUAGACGACUUUGCGUGUGCUUUGAGUCGAGAAAUCCUUCUUCAGGGACGCAUAUAUGUCACUGAGCACUCUGUGUGUUUCAAUCUGAAUUUGUUGGGGUGGGUGACAAGCUUGGUAGUUCCGUUUGCAGAUAUUGUUCGUAUUGAUAAGAAAUCGACAGCAGGGCUUUUUCCCAAUGGCAUUUCUAUCGAGACCGCCGAUGCAAAGCACAAUUUCGCAAGUUUUCUUUCCAGAGACUCCACGUUUGAAUUCAUUCGAACCAUUUGGCUGACUUCGACAGGGAAGAAUUUGGAGGAUCUCGAUCAGCUAGCUCCCGACGUUUCUUCUGUCAGCAGCGAGGACCAGAAGCUGAACAAUGCACGUAAGAUAUCUAAUUUCAUCCUUUCUAUUGACGACGAUGAACACAACCUGCUGCUUUGGGACAAAAAUGGCUUGGAUUAUGAGGACGAAGACGCUUCUGAAGAUGGAGAAGAGGACGAUUAUUCAGAUGAUGGCAGCGAAGAGGAUGACGAAAGUGAUGCCAGUAAGGAAGCCAAAAUACCACAUGAUAGUCCUAUCGAGAGUUCUGAUUCUAAGGAGGAAAAAUUAUCGUCGUAUAAUGAACUUCUGACUCUGGGAACCCAGCUUAGGAAACUUAAAGAUGAUUCAGGAUACAAGAAUUUGGGUCCAGAUGUCCAUGCCCCGACAAAGGUGACCCAACAGUUUUCAGACUGUGACAGUGAAAUCGAGUUGUGCAACGAGUCCAUCAAUGCACCCAUGGGAGUAGUCUUCGAUAUUAUGUUUGGCAACAAUGAUACAUCCUUUCAAAGACAGUUCUUGGAAAAUCACGAUGCCUCGGAAAUUGACCAGUUUGACGCAUUCCAUCCCAUUGAGGACGAACCAACUAAGCUUGAGAGAACAUAUACUUACAGACGCGCAUUAGGCUACUCUAUUGGGCCCAAAUCCACCAAAUGCGAAGUCAGUGAAGUGGUGGAACAUUUGAACUUUGCGGAUUAUAUUGUUGUACUCAACACCACAUCCACCCCGGAUGUUCCUUCCGGUGGUUCGUUUUCGGUGAAGACUAGGUACUAUUUCACAUGGGGAGAGGCCAACAUGACGCAGCUUCGAAUGGCAUACUUUGUGAAGUGGACGGGACGUUCAUGGAUCAAGAAUGUGGUGGAGAAACUGACGCUGUCUGCGCAAAUCGCAGUCACCAAGGAUAUGAUCAAAGAACUUAAUGAGGAGAUAGCCAAGCAUACUGUCUCUGUCUCGGGUCCAGUUGAGGUUACUCAACGGGAACGCGAGCCUGAAAGAAAGCCCUCUGUCACCAAGACCAGAAAGAAGAAAUCGAAGACUCCAAAAGCCAAAAAGAUUACUUCAACGCCAAAAAGCACCAAUUGGCUUCUUACUAUCGGAAUCAUCUUUGGCAUUUUUAUGCUCACGGCAAUCCUCUUUACUCAGGUUAUGUUAGUGCGCUCUCUUGGAGAAACAAGAGAAUUGGUUUCCCGACAGAUGGUUAUUACCACCAGUUUGCUUUGUUUGCUUUCGUCGGAGCAUCACGGAUGGUGGGAGAAAAUGAAGACGUCCCAUGGAGACUCUAAACAAGAGCUGGCCUCUUACUAUGCCCGGCAGGCGUUGCAACUUCUUGUGGACGAGAGCAGCGACCCGAAUUUGAAGGCACUCGCAGCCAAUCUAUUGUAA